UUUUAUUUAUUAAAAAUUAACAUUUUAAAUGAACUUUAUAAUUUAGACAAUGAACUUCCAUGUCGAAUAAAGUGUCAUGUUGAUGGUGUGGAAUGGUUUGCCUAUAACAGGACUUCUGCAUAUGAUAUCCUUGACAGUGUUCUGUCGGAAGUACAUAAUAUUAACUCUUCAGAGUUUCCCGACUCUUCUAGCAUAGUCAAUAAUGAAGUAGAUGACAUUGCUAUCAACCUCGAUGGCAAUGAUGCAAAUGGCGCAAACAACCCUAGCGAUUCUUUCUUUUUAAAAUUGUUGCCCAUUCAGGUGGACUGUGUAAAUGGUGCUUUUAUGUUUGGCAAUGCAAUGACUUCUUCACUCCUUGUCGUAAAAUUUUCUCAAGCUAGUGGAAUUUAUGGUGCU